GUGGAAGAGCAAAAACAGCUACCACCACAGUUUUUGCUAGCAGGCGCUUUCUUUCGGAGACUCGAGCAGCCUUUCUUGAGUCAGAGCGAAAACUUGCCUGCGUUUGUUUCGUCUGACAGCGGGACGUUUUGCUAGGAUCUAGAAACAAUCGUGUCGUGGCAAUCGCACACCCAUUGAAACUAUGUAGAGAUGGAGUUCAUGAAACUGAUCGGAACUGUUUUGGCAGUUUGUUUCCAUCCCUGCUGCGCAUCAAGCGCGUUCGCUGAUCACAGGAUAUGCCGGAGAGGGACAGAGAAGCCCUGCUAUAAGAUCACAAGCUUCCAGGACAGCAGGCUCAGAGCAAGCUUUGAGGCAGCCAGACAGAAAUGUAGGGAGGAUGACGGAGAGCUGCUCAGCAUUGAGACUGAGAAUGAGCAGCGUCUGGUGGAGAGAUUUGUUCAGGAGCUCAGAGCCUCUGAUGGAGACUUCUGGAUUGGGCUAAGAAGAAGCCCACGAUAUAAUGCUGAUUGUUCAUCACAGUAUUACUGGUUGGAUUACAGUCAGGCCACAUUCAGGAACUGGCUGGUGACAGAGCCCUCGUGUGGCCUUGAUCAGUGUGUGGCAUUAUUCUACAAGCCCUCAUCUUCUGCUGGCCAGAAGGAGCACAACCUGUUCAAGUGGACUGACUACAACUGCAAUUCCAAGAAUAAUUUCAUCUGCAAGUACUCAGACGAGAAGCAUCCUGUCCCCACUCCAGCAGGAAAUAUCACUACACUCACAGGUACUGAUGACCUGACUCUGGUGCCAAAGCAGCCGCCCAUUACAGUGGACAAUGACAGGAUAAAAACUGAGCUCUCUGAGUCAUCAGUUUCUAUUUCAGAUGACACUAAUAUUUACUACAUCCUCCUCGCCACUCUACCUGUAAUGCUGCUGUUGAUAUUGGUGGUGUCGGGGGUGUUCUGUUUCAGAGUCAUGUCCAGGAGGAGAAAAGAACAGAAUGAAAUCUAUGCCGUGCCAGGACAGUGGGUGCGUCCAGUAGCUCCCAAAAGUCAGAAUGAUUAUAAGCACACCAACAAAUUCAACCAGUCUGGAGCUCAUCUGGAGUACAUGAGCUCUGAAAUUAACCGAACAUUUAGUGUGACGUCCACAAUCAGUCAGUUUGAGGACUACGAGAACGUCCCGAGCCGCCCCACACAGUGCGGUUUUGUCACAAAUGACAUCUACGAGACCUGCCGGAGCUCCUCGGUGGUAGAGGCUGGAUGGGUGGACAAUGACAUCUAUGGAUACUAAAACACUGUACAGUGUGUAUACUGACUGGUAGUCUCUCCCACUAGUGUGACUAGCUCUCCCACCAUGUCUGCUCUUUGAUGUGCACUAUGUGACCUGGUGGGGAAGCCAGUGGGGGUCUAAUUCAGGGGUGUACAGAUUCCCAUAACUGACUAUACAAAGAAGCAUAAAGGUGUCAUCGGCUUGUGAGAGCCUCCUCUGUGGAAGCUGGCAUCCUGGAACGGGACCUUCCAUUUGGAAAUUCACAAAACAGUGCGCUGACCUCUCAGCCCUUCAACAACAUCCUUCUGUGUCUCUGAGAAUGGCCUCUCUAAAGGAUACCUACUGGCUUUUAAAGACUGGGUAGUUGCUUUGUAAGCUCUUUUGUGUAAAAACAGAAUUAAAGGAUUUGUACGUAUAAAACAUUAUUGUAGCAUAUUGAAUGUAUUUUGCUUUUGGGUGUCAGAUUAUGAGCAGAAAGAUAAAUAAUUAGUUUUUGCAGUAUUUGGAUUGUAAAUGAUAUGUUGUCUGUCCUUAUAAGAAUAAUAAUAAUAAUAUCCUUGUCAAGUUAUUUGGACAUUCUUAAGCACAGAAUAGCUUUUAAUUAAUGUAUUUUUGUUUAAUCAACAUUGUUCCCGCACUCCUGGACAACCUGGAAAUGUCUUGGAAAUUUAGAAUCAGGCCUGGAAAGGGAGAAUGUAGCCUAUAUUUUUAUAGUGAUAUACAUUUUUCUAGUUAUGCUUAACUUAUUGGUAAGUACUUGACUGCUAGAGUCUUGGAAAUGGCCCGACCUUGAUGCAAUUUAACCCAAAAAAAUGAUUUUAUUUAAUUGUAUUUGAGAAGAAAUAAACGUUUUUGAAAUCUCAUUCAGUGGCUUUUGUCAUGCUGAGAACAGAUCUCUACCUUUUCCAUAUCGUCAAAUGUCACUGCUGCAUGCUUGGAACUUCACAUCGAGUUCAGAUGACUCACUCAUUUUCCAAUCCAUUCUGUUAUUUCACAUUUUGUACCCUUUUAGCGACUGCGUCACUGUCAAUUUAUUUCAAAUAUUUUGAGCUAAACGCGAUUCUUUGGAAAUGCACUAUUAGUCAGCUGAGUUCCCUGAGGUCAUCAGAGCUGUAGGAGCAGUGAAGUGUUUUAUUAGAUCUGAGUGACUGCAGUACAGCAUGUGACCGUCAGAUGUCGCCAUAUGAUAGGCCACCUAAAACUGAAUUACGUGCAGCUUUGAGGACAUAUUUGUUGCACUUAUGUCAUGGUGUUUAAAUUACAUUUUCCAAUACAAAUCACGCACCGCCUGUAAUGCGUUUCUACGCUUACAUACUCUUGAUAUGAAUGACUUGUUUAUAAAACUGUUGUAUAAA